UGUUUAUGUAUCGUUUUUGUAUGUAAUGUCUGGAAGUAAUAUAUCUUAACAGUGUAUAAAGUUUGACGUUUCACAGCAUAAACAAAACAUGGCUGCAACACAAAUGUAUAACCCGGCAGGGUAUUCAACCAACAGUAUGACACAGGCGGUCACUUCAGAAAAGCCUGUUAUACCUCUUGUAAAACACAUCAUUACAGAUGAAGAGAUAGGACUCCUCAAGGGUUCUAAACUUCAACCAAUCAACAUGAACAGAGUUGUUAAGCUGUUGACAGAUCCACAUUCUGUGAUGCUAUAUGACCGUCAUAUCAAUGCAUUACAGCGACUUGUAAGACAUUACGAAAAGGGAUUUCCAAUGAAAGAUUUAGUUCAGGUUUGUAAAGUCCUGAAUGUUUGUUCAGACAAAACACAGGAAAGACCUAUGUAUGAAACACUCAUCUGCGAAAUCUUAAAAAUCUGCAGUCUACCAUUCUUAAAGGAAAAGUCCUCUGAUGAACUCAUCUAUGAACAAAUUGUCACUGAAUCUGUAUCCCAACUUGCAUAUCUAAUGAGGGUGCCCAGUAGAGAUGUGAGAAAACAGAUAUGUAAAACGUUGGUGAGCUUCUACACAGAAAAACCAGCAUCACAGGAAGUACAGAAACACAAACCAACAUCUAUUUCUUACAACCAGAAUAUCAUAGAAAACAGUGAUGUCUCUGAGACACUUGUUAAGUCUCUGGCCCUCUUAGAGAAUGACAUAGCCAUCAAACUGAAUGUCUUAGAUGUUCUCCAACAUUUCUCAAAAAAUUCAGCCAAAAACUGUGACCAGAUGUUGAGGGUAGGGGCAGGUAACCGCAUUUGUUCACGGAUGACAGAUGCUGACCCUAGUGGUCAGCUCUUGUUCCGCUCUGUUGACAUCUUGUGGAACCUACUGGAGUUUGGUGAUCAAGGACAAUUAUCCACACAGCUGGACAAUCUAAACUGCAUCAACCAACUGCGAGAUGCUUUCAUAUACCAGCUCACCCAAGGUUACAGUCACUAUGACCGUCAGCUGAGGAACGAUCUGCUAGUGAUCGCCACAAUGAUAGCCACCAAGUGUCCUAAUGCACCAUUUGUGGAGACAGGAUUUGCAAAGCAGCUCACUCUCUUUGCCACUUUCCAGGAAGUGAAAAGUCACAAUGCCCUCGUGAAACAUCUAAAGUUGAUGAAGAACCAUGAAGAUUUUGAAUUAAAGAAGCUUCUGUUCAACAUCCUGGUUACCCUCAGUAAAAACUCCACAGCAGUCCCGGUUUUAUCGGAGGGCCACUUGAUGUUGUCAUUGUUCAGUUUUGUACGAGCAAAUGAAAACACAAUGGGGGCCCGAGACUGGUCAUCUGCUCAGUUUGAGGAAGUACAGCUACACGCCAUGUCAUGUCUGUGCGCACUCUGUCCUUUGAUGAUUGAGGACUACAUGACUUGUCAAGGCAGUACCAGGAUACUUCUCCUUCUCGAGUGGUGUGUUGGCAAAGAAGACUUUGGUGGCCAUGGUAACAGCAUCCAUGGUACAGGUGGAAGGGGCAACAAGCGUGCUCAGAUGCGUCACUGCCUGCGUUUGUUACGGAGUGUGGUAUCAACAGGUGAUGAGGUGGUCAUUCAGGACCUUGCUGACCAGGGUGCCAUCAACCAAAUUAUCACAAUUUUGUCAAAUGCCAUCCGUUGUAAAAGUGAGGAUGAUGCCAUUGAUGUAGAAAUGCAGUCGGACAUGUUGCUCAUCCUUUCGUGUUUGUGUGAUGGAGAUAUGCACAGAAAAGAACUUUUUGGGACUAAUGGUGUGGACGUCACUAUACACUAUCUAAACACAGACUCCAAGCUUUUGAGUAGUGGCCUGGGACACCAUCGUCUUCUUCUGGCAGCCGUGGACUGUGUUUGGUGCUCCAUCGUAAACUGCUACGGAACAGAGGAUUACUUCCUGGAGAAGGAGGGUGUGUUUCUGCUGAUUGAUCUGCUAGAGGUGUGUCCUAAGAACAUGCAUAACCUGAUACUUGGCUGUCUCCUAGACUUGUGUGAAAAUCCAAAGACAAUUCACCAUGUGCUCACCUGGCGUGGUAAUGACAAUGCCUCAGCUCCCCAUCUUUUUUGUGAAAUUUUCCGUAAUGAAGAACGUGAGCUCGGAGUGAGGCGUACUAAGGAUGGAGCCAUCUUAGACCACACAAGGCCUCUAAUGGGUGUCCUCCAGGAGAAACAAGGUGUCAUUCCUCAACCUGCUGCAAACCCAAGCCAGGCCAUUGUGGAUGUGUCUGAGAAUAUGCGAGCCAAGAUAUACUCCAUCUUCUGUAAAAUAGGAUUCACCGAUCUACCUGGUCUGACUGUAGAUGACCAUGUGACCUUGACUGUUGUGGAGAAAUACCUUGACUUUAAGAUGGGAGAAGUGUGGAAUGAAGUGAUCGCUGAGCUUAGUGAGGAACAGGUUCGACCUGUCACCCCUGACCUUGAAGCUAUAGAAGCCAUCUCAAGGGCAAUUGAAGAGCGUGUACACAUCGUGUCUGGUACACAACAAGAACUGUUAGAGGCCCAGCAGAAUCAAGAUGUCCUUGAUGAGCAGGAAUUCUAUGCUGAGAUCCGAGAGAACCACAGACAAAAGGAGAAGGCUAUGAACGAUUUUGUAGACUUUGUUGCCAGGACAUCAAAUUUUGCCCUUUUGAAGGCUGCUGGAGACCGACAGGAACUUUCCAUUGAAGCAUCCAGGUUACAGAACAAAUACAAGGAAAGUGAGACCUUCCACAGUACUGACCUAAAGGCACUCCACACCACUACGUUCAGCGGCCGCAAUAUUGCAGUAGAGAGUACUUCACACAAACUCACUGGUGGACCUCUCAGCAAAUAUGAUCCCAAAACUGGAACUCUGCGAGAGAGAAAGUUCAUUAAACAGCUGACCAACGUCAGUGCUAAAUAAGCUGCUGAGAUCACGUGAUCAGAUGAGAGAUAAUGACAUAGAAGGCGUUUGUGUAAGCGUUCUCCUGAUUCAGACGCCACAGAAAUUCUACAAUAGUGACUAAGAACCACGAUCUGUUACAUAUCACAUGGAAGCAGUUGAUCUACUUGGAUUUAUCCCAAACAUGCUGCCCACUUUCUGUUACAAACGUUAUGCUGAUCAGCAGAAAUGAUGGAGAGACUUGUAUGACCAAGCCAACGUGUUAUUGUGAAUAAAAAGAUGAUAAAAAGAUAUGUAGAUGGGAUGCACUGUCUAUUUGUAUUGUUUUCUCACAUGUAUACUAAAAUAUAAAAAAAAUAUGUGAUCAACUUUAAUCUGUGUUUUAAUAACUAUAUAUUGACAGAUUUUAUUCUGAUCAGUAACAUUUUAAAGAAAAGUAUAUAGAUAUAAAAGAAUGCCUUUAAUUUGUACAAAGAGCGUAAA